GUUGAGUCUCCCGGAAGCGGGAGGCGGUGCCUAAGGGGACCGUCCGAAAGGAAGCCCCGCCUCCGGAGACCCAGAACUGAGUCAAAUCUCAGCUUCUCUGUCUCGCGGGCAGUCUCCAUCCUCGUGAGGUUCCGGCUGGGGUUCCCACGCCUGUCUGAGGAACUGAAAGUCGUCUAGGGGCCGGCCCGGCCCAGCUCGUGACCUGGCGUUCCGGGCCUUAACAGAGAUUCCUCUACCCAAGGGCAUGGCCAUGCUGAGCCCGCUGCUCCUGGCCGCGCUGCUAUGGGUCCCUGUAAGGACCCUGACCUGCUAUGGGGACUCGGGGCAGCCUGUAGACUGGUUCGUUGUCUACAAGCUGCCAGCCCAGAGCGGGCCCGGGGAUGCAGCGCAGAGCGGACUGCGAUACAAGUACAUGGAUAAGGAUUCAGGGGGCUGGCGCGACGGCGCGGGGUUCAUCAACAGCUCGGCGGGGGCUGUGGGCCGCAGCUUGCUGCCGCUGUACCGGAACGCCAGCCAGCUCGCCUUCCUGCUAUACAAUGACCAGCCACCUAACUCCAGCAGGGCUCAGAACUGGUCUAGCCGAGGGCACACAAAGGGUGUGCUGCUCCUGGACCAAGAAGGGGGCUUCUGGCUGGUCCACAGUGUUCCUCACUUCCCACCACCUGCCUGCUCUGCUGCAUACAGCUGGCCUUCUAGCGCCCGAACCUACGGGCAGACCCUGCUCUGUGUGUCUUUUCCCCUCACUCAGUUUGGGAAGAUUGGCAGACAGCUGACCUACACCUACCCCCUAGUGUAUGACCACAAGCUAGAUGCCACCUUCGCUCAGAAAGUCCCCUAUCUGGAAGAUGUGGUCAAGGGCCACCACGUUCCCCACGGCCCCUGGAACAGCAGUGUAACGCUCACAUCCAAGGCAGGGGACACAUUUCAGAGCUUUGCCAAAUUUGGAAAAUUUGGAGAUGACCUGUAUUCUGGCUGGUUGGCAGAAGCCCUUGGCAGUAACUUGCAGGUCCAAUUCUGGCAAAACUCUCCUGGCAUCCUACCCUCCAACUGCUCCAGGCUCCAGCAGGUGUUCGAUGUGACCCAGAUAGCUUUCCCUGGGCCAGCUGGGCCGGCCUUCAAUGCCACAGAAGACCACUCCAAGUGGUGUGUAGCCCCAGCAGUACCCUGGACCUGUGUGGGUGACAUGAAUCGUAACCUCAGAGAGGAGAAGCGGGGUGGUGGCACAUUAUGUGCCCAGCUGCCAGCCCUGUGGAAGGCCUUCCAGCCUCUGGUGAAGGCCUACAAGCCCUGUGGGGAGAAGAAAACCUUUCUCUCCAGGAAUCUGAGCAGAGCACAUAAGAGCUAAGGCUCAGAAGCCUCUUGGGACUUCAGCUUGAUCCCCAGUUUAAUGUCUAACUGUGUGAGUUUAAUUAUGUGCCUUAACUUGUGACUCUAUUUACUCAUCUGCCAAAUGAGAAUCACAAUACGUGAUUCAGGACUGUUAGGACUGUUGAAAAAUAAAAGGAAAUUUGUGGA